AUGGCACACUCACUCUACGAAGUCACCGGCCUGGACGAGUCCUCCCCCCUUCCCAAUUUCACUGACGAAGGUCCCUCCAUAUCGUACGAAGAUGACAGCAUGCUCAUGCCCUCUACUUCAAACCCCCCGGGCCACAAGGACGAUGGCGGCGGUCUCGGUGGCCUCGGGUCACUUGCAGACGAGUUGGCGGGUGCCAUGUAUGAUUCUGACGAGGAGUACGACGAAGAGGGAGGCGAAGUCGAGAUGAUGCUCGGAGAGGCCCAGGUCAAUGGAGCGCAUCACCAUCAUAUCGUGAACGGGUCUGCGACGAAGGAUGAUUCGGUAAAGAAGGCCCCCGUAAGGCCGUUGUCUGCGAGUGAUUAUGACGGGAGUGAGUACGGUGACCCUGAAGAUCUGGGGAAUGGCAUUAGCGUGGGGUUGGAGGACAAGAUCAACCAGAUUGAGAACCUGGCGCUGAGGAAUCGUCACAUGCUCAAGGAGGAAGAGACCGGAAUUGGGGAGCUGGCGGGGGUCAUGCCAAGGCUGAUGGAGGGGCUACAGAAUCUGGCGCCACAGAGUAGUCUAGAGACAGGAAGCACGAGACUGAUAACAGCGCACGCUGCGUUAACGUCCAACAUGGCUCAUCAAGCGAGAACCCUCCGUGACCUCUCCUUGUCUAUAAAUUCGGCGUAUCUUCCCGCGGAAGAUACCUCAGAUCUCCUCCUACCUCUCCUUGACCUCAUCCCUCGACCUUCUCCGCAACCUCUUGCCGAGCUAUCCAACCUCCACUCCCUCACGCUCUCUCUUGUGUCGCAGCUCGCAUUCCUCUCGGAUUCCUUACACAUGGCUCGACAAUCCUCGAUUGCCGCGAACCGUAAGCUACGUGUUGCCCGUGAAGCCUGCGCCGAUUGGAAACACGAGCUCGAAGCAGUCGAGAAGGCGAGGCGGUGGAUCGAGGAAGGCGACUGGGAUGCAAGAUGUAAGAGAAGGGAAGCAGCGGGUGUUUGUGCAGAAGUAACCGGCGGGUUCGAGGAGGUUUGUAAGGGUUUUGAAGAGAGGUUAAAGGCGCAAGGCGUUGGUGUUUCCGCGUAG